GGAAUAAGGCGAUAGAGGACUUCAGUAAGUUAACCGGGGAUCAACGCACCAGUGUUCCCUUUAAUUUUUGCAUCUUUACCUCCAGGUUACAUCUCACGAGCGCCCGGAUCCCCCUUGCAGAUUUGGUCCUCUGUGGUGAGAAGCGGUUGGAAAGCACACGAACCACUUCGGCAAAAAUGACUGAAACGGAAACCAGGAACCACCACGCUGGCAAGCAACAGAACGGAGGUGCCAUGGCAGAAAUAUCGACAGUGGAGGAUGUUUUUGACGACACCUAUAAAGAGAAAGAGGGUCCCAAACCGCCGAAGAUGAUGGUGUGGAGAAAUAUCAUACUGAUGGCCCUCCUACAUGUCGCUGCGCUUUAUGGACUGAUUCUCCUUCCUUCCGCAUCGGCUUCAACUCUUGCAUGGUCUGUCGUGUGCUACCUCAUCAGUGCUCUUGGCGUGACUGCUGGUGCACACAGAUUAUGGAGCCACAGAUCCUAUAAGGCAUCUAAUCCACUGCGAGUCUUCCUCGCUCUUGCCAACUCCAUGGCCUUUCAGAAUGACAUAUUCGAGUGGGCAAGGGACCACCGUGUCCACCACAAGUACUCAGAGACGGACGCAGACCCCCACAAUGCCACACGGGGGUUCUUCUUCGCUCACAUCGGUUGGCUGCUGGUUCGCAAACAUCCCGACGUCAUUGAAAAAGGCAAGAAACUGGAUAUGUCAGACCUGAAGGCAGAUAAAGUGGUCAUGUUCCAGAGAAGGCACUACAAGCUCUCUGUGUUGAUCCUUUGCUUCCUCGUGCCCACCUUGGUGCCCUGGUACUUCUGGGGUGAGUCCUUGAUUGUGGCAUACUUCAUCCCUGGACUCCUGAGAUACGCUGUGGUGCUCAAUGCCACCUGGCUGGUCAACAGCGCUGCACACAUAUGGGGCAAUAGGCCUUAUGACAAGACCAUUAACCCGAGGGAAAACCCACUGGUUGCUUUCAGUGCCAUAGGGGAAGGCUUCCACAACUACCAUCACACAUUCCCCUUCGACUACGCCACAAGCGAGUUUGGCUGCAAGCUCAAUAUCACCACCGCCUUUAUAGACUUAAUGUGCUUCCUGGGUUUGGCCAAUGACCCCAAGAAGGUGUCGAAGGAAUUGAUCAUUGCUCGCAUUCAGCGGACGGGUGACGGCAGCCACAAAAGUGGCUGAGUCACACGAGCUCCAAACUCUACAAUUGAUACUGAUGUGUGGAAAUAAGACAGAACAUAGCAACAGGGAUAGCAGCAUUUCAGUGACAAGGGGGUGAUUACCAUACUUCUGAUUAUAAAUUAAACCUCUUCCUGAAACUAAUAUUGGCUUUUAAAGAGUUUUAGGCCUUUCCAUAAAUUGUCUGGGUCUCUAUUUAAGUUUUGAAGUGUCUUCACCGACUGUUAGCCACAGACAGCGACUUGGCUACAUGUUCAAGCACAGCUUUUUCACCAUAAUAUAAAACUGAAGAGGAUGAAAAGGGCUAAUUGGGAUUUGAGUCUCUUUUGGCACCAGUAGGACAACCAAACAGGUCUAUGUGAGCGGUGUGUUUAAGCAGUAAUUACAGAAAAAUUUACUGUAUGUCUUAUUUGUUAAUGUGCUAUUUAUUUGUAGUCUUUGGCACUUUAUUGAAACCCUUAACAGUGAGGCUUCUUUACAGGCAAGGUUGAGGGCCUUUUGCUCUAAUUUCUGUCAGUAGUGCUUUGUUUCAUUCCACAGGGAGUGGCGUUUCAGCUUGAUAUUUGUUUGUCUGUGUUUAAUGUAAGGUUUUCUUUAUUUUUGGUAAGCUAGUAGUCUUACUAAACCAUAAGCUGCCGUGUUCAAGGCCAACACCAAGACUGUCAACACUCUACUGAACUUUCCCCAUUUAUCAUACCAGAGAAACGCAUGGGUGAAUACAGUUCAGAUGGGUUGAACUUUUGGGAUACACCCACUGUCUCCAACUGUCCAUGGGGCUUCGAAUGAGGAUUAAGGUGUCCGGUGUAACGCAGUCUAUACCUCUGGUUAAGUAGUGAAGCCGCCACAGACUUCAUCAUUAACCCUUUUCAUGUAGACGCCUCUGGACUGAAACAUAGAACCAGAAUUCUCACUCUUAAUCUGAAAGGAGAGUUUCAGAUGUUUUGUAUUAAUUUCAAAUACUUGUGAUAUAUAUAUAUAAUCACAUCACACGCUCAAAUUUGAAGGUAUUCCUCUCCCUCAGAUAAGGCCAAUGAGGCAUGUCUAGGUGAAUUUACCUUGUGUGCUAUGUGAUUACUGAAAUGUGUCAGGACUCUUACCCAAUGCCUUAUGUAGGUUGCACACCUGUUAAAAAAGAUUAUAAGUGCAAGUUAUGGAACUAAAUUAGGGCUUAGAUUCACGGUUGUUGGUGGCGUCUGUCUGUUUUUAAGGAACACUUCAAAAAUUGAUCUCUUAUUUAUAAUGAAAAAAGAGGGACCGCUCAACAAUUCCUAAAACAUUUAUGGGUUACUAUGAUUUAACUUAACUGUAACCAAACAAAUACUUUGCUCCAAGAUCCAAACUUGUCAUGAUAUCAUUAAUGAUACUGUCAGAGUAUUUUUCACACCCCAUCUUUUACAGAGCAACACUUGUAUACAGUGUUACCUUCUGGGAGUUUAAAUGCCUUAAAAAAUGGCACCUUUUUUUCAAAGAAUGUUUUUGCCCACUGUAUGUACCAUAAAUAAACCAAAUUUUCUACUUGUGACAAAGGUAUGUUUUACUGUUUUUGCUGGAACUCUGUAAAACUCCUUAUUCGUAUACUGAAUAAAAAUGAUGACCAUA